AUGGAUUCAAACAAAAAAACAACGAUUGAACACGUGAAUAAACAAUACUACUCUUCUGAGCAUUCAGCAGAAAGCUCAGAUGAGUCAGUUGAAACAGCCCAACUUAGUAAAAUAAUUGGAUUAGUGAAGGAAAUAUUAAAUAAAAACCACGAAUACUCAUUUAAAUUAAUUGAAUUUAUUGAGAAGUCAACUAAAUUGAAUGAAUUACCAAAUUCUUCUAUGAACGAUUCGGAGCCUAUAGAAAGUGCAUCAGACAUAGUCACAAAGCAUUCGCUUGAGAAAAUUUUGCAAAGUGAAAUAGCCGAAAUUGCGAAAGAAAUGUUGAAUAAAAACAAUGAAUAUGCAUUAAAACUGAAUACGAUUAUUGAGGAGUCAACAAAAUCAAAUGACUUACCAGUUUCUCCUAUGAAUGCUUCUCCUGUGAGUUCUCCUAUGGACGUUUCGGAACCCGUAGAAAGUGCAUCAGACAUACCAAUAUUGACGAAGAUUACAAGUUUGACCACUGAUUGUAUGGAAUCGAUUUUUGAGAACUUGGACAUGUAUGAUCUGAUAAACGUUGUUGACAGCAACAAACAAUUUUAUGCUGCGGCAUUCCAUGUAUUCAGAAGAAAGUACAAAGAUACAUAUUUUAUACUUGGAUCGGACAUUAGUCUUUCGAAAAGGGAUUAUGCAGCUGGUUUCAGAUCAUUCUCGAGGGAUCCGAAAAUAAUUAUUACGAACCCAUCUGUGGCAUUGAAGUUUUUGCGCAAUUUUGGAUGCAUAUUUGAGGAAUUGACUAUCAGUUUUAGUUUCUUUCAUGUAAACAUUUGUACUCAAAUUGAAUAUUAUUUAGCCGAAUUCUGCGCUAAUACACUGAAGCGACUGUCAUUGGAGUGUAAUAAAUCCAAAAACCUUUUUGAAGGUUUACACAAUCAGCUGAAACAAGUUACAAGUCUGCAAAUAUGCUUAGUGAAUAGUGAAUCACGUUUAGAACUCACUCAACAUUGUCUCGAAAAACUACCAAGUCUCCAAUACUUCAAUGUGGUAAACAAUAUGGCGAUUUUCCAUGGUCCAUUAAGCAAUUUCCCCUUACGUACAGUACAACAUUUGAAGAUUGAUAAUUUUGGUACCAUUAUGUAUAAAAAUCCAUUUGAUUUGAAGAAUCUAAAACAUUUGUGUAUUAAUGGCGAAAUAAUAAUUACUGAAUAUAUGAACAGAUCUUUUGGUGCGGCUGAAAAUCUGGUGACAUUGAAAUUGAUGGAAAUUGAAGAUUAUUUUGCAAAAGACUUCGAAGAUUUUUGGGAAUUGCCAAAUAUUCUAUCAAAUAUCGAAGAAAUAACGAUUGAUUUGAAUAGGGAUAUUAAUUCCGAACAUAUCCUUCGUUUUUUGGAACGAUGCCAGAGACUAAAAAAAAUGGCUCUUCUUAAGCAUAGAGGAAGAGGAUCAGAUAUCUUGGAGAAUAUAACAUCAAAUUUAAGCAAUGAAUGGACAUUUCAUGUAAUCAAUCCUUUCAUAGAACAUUGCAAGUAUUGUGAAUGCUAUGUCAUUGAAAGAUUAGAAUCCACAACGGAAACUACGACUAGAACACAAACAUCCGUAUUAGGAAAUUUGUUUGAAAACUGUGUCAAU